CCUAAACGGUUUUUCGUUCGAUCGUUAAAAUCUGGGACACCUUGUAGAACCGGCGAUAAAAAUUACAUACCGGGGAUACCGGCUUCGCAGUGCUACGCACGCUACGCUUGGUUUUAUUCGUACAAAUAUGACACAGCUUUUGUUAAACGCAACUGCACUGAUCGCGAAGAAACCUCUGAUAGAAAUUGGUACACGACUCGCGUCCUCCAUGGCUCAAGCACUUCAAACUCACGGCGUAGUGCCAGACGUGGUCGACAAAGUGCCACAAAAUGUAUUGAGCGUCACGUACCCUAACAACCUCUCAGUGGAAAUUGGUAAAGUGCUGACCCCGACACAGGUCAAGGAUCAACCUACCGUCACUUGGACCGCAGAGGCAAACGCCUAUUAUACUCUUUGCAUGACCGAUCCCGAUGCACCGAGCAGAAAAACCCCAACGUUUCGCGAGUGGCACCAUUGGCUGGUAGGAAACAUUCCUGGCUCCGAUGUCUCUAAAGGGGAAGUGCUCUCCGAAUACAUCGGCUCUGGCCCUCCCCAGGACACUGGGCUUCAUCGUUACGUAUUUCUCUUGUACAAGCAGCCUGGGAAGCUUACCUUCGACGAGAAACGUCUUACCAAUAGAAGCGGGGACGAUCGAGCAAAAUUCUCUAUAAAGAAGUUUGCUGCUAAAUACAAUCUUGGCGAUCCCAUUGCUGGGAACAUGUACCAAGCAGAAUUUGACGACUACGUUCCUCUUCUCUACAAACAACUGGGUGCCUAAAACAUUAAUAUUACACAUGUAAGCUCUUGUAAAGGAUGGUCUUAUUAAAUUUCUAGUUUAU